AUGAUUGUUGAAAUUAUAAUGGAAGAUAUCUUCGGUGCUGCAGGACAAGAGAAGGAUGCUGAAGGCUACCACAGUAAGAUGAAAGAAGUCAAGCACAAGAAGAGCUUUGAUACGGCGGAGAUCUUGGCAUCUUUCGUGAGUUUGACUCAGUUCGAUACUAUACUUGAUCCUGUAAAGUUGAUAUUGAGAGAAAAUGCUUCACUCAACGUCCAGAAGAAGAUUGAUGAACUAUUGAGAAGGUACGCUUUGGGCCUAAACCACAACGAAGAGGCAAAUUCUAAAAACGUGCUUCUUUUAUCUUAUGAAAUCUUCAGUCAGUCGCUAGAACAGGUCGAUUCGGCGACAAAAGCAGUGUCUCAGUCGCAGAGCCACUUUAUGGUGAAUCUAGACAAAAACUCCAAGAAGAUGGAUGUUGAUCGCACAUUUUUUGUUUCCACCACGCAAAGGUUUGCCUUGGAGAUGUUCCGCACUGCGGUAACACGAAAUGAAGAAUUAAGGACAGUUGGUAAUGUUAAGGGCUUCCUUCCUUACUUGAAUCACGCAGUUUCAUUCAGUAGUGACCAAUCUGCUAUUUCCGCUUUCAAAGUUUUGAUGCUACUCGUCCGACUUCCAUUUGACCAGGAGGAACUUGAUAUUUUGAAGUUGGCGUUCCGGAAAGCCAUCGCCAAUAUCAAGAACAGUCCAACCAUCACUUCAGAGUUAUCGCAAGUUUGUCUUCGCUUUUUGGCAUCAAUUGUAAGACAUAGGCCCGAAAUUCAAGUCAAGGACAACACUAUUGGGUAUCUCUUAACCAGAAUACUUCCAAGUUUGGAGGAGUCAACUUCUCAAGGUAAUGCGUUCAACUUCGUGAAGGCAGUGGUGGCACAGCAUAUUUUGAUACCCGAGGUAUACGAUAUUAUGGGUAAUAUAUCCAAAAUCAUGGUUGUCAAUCACCAUCGAGAUGUCAGAAACAUGGCUAGAAGCGUUUAUCUUCUGUUUUUGAUGGGAGUACGAUCAAGGUUAAGGGCAAGCUUCAAAAGGAGUUUAAAUUUUUGGGUCAAUAAUUUGGGGCUAUCCUACAGAGGAGGGGACGUCAGUCAGUCAUGGAACUUCUAA